AUGUCCAAGCAAGGAGGCAAGGGCGGGGCUGCCGCGGGCAAGGCGAAGAAGCCCGCCAAGGCCGGCACCGACGAGAAGAGGGAGGAUGUACUCCAGGCCGUCAUCCUGGCCGACUCGUUCCAGGACAGGUUCAAGCCGUUCACAUUGGAGACUCCAAGGUGCCUCCUACCACUGGUUAAUGUCCCAGUGAUUGAAUACACUCUCGAGUUUCUAGCCUCCAACGGCGUUCAAGAGGUCUUCAUCUACUGCGGCACCCACUCAGAGAGCAUCGAAAACUACAUCAACGAGUCUACACGGUGGAGCCCCGGGAGCGUCAUCUCACCCUUCUCCUCUCUGGAGUUCAUCCGUGUUUCGGAUGCGAAUUCGAUCGGCGACUUCCUACGCGAUUUGGACAAGCGGAGCAUAAUCGGAGGUGACUUCAUCCUUGUCCAUGGCGAUGUGGUAUCGAAUAUCCAGUUGGAUACCGCCCUAGCGAAGCACCGCGCGAGGAGAGAAGCAAACCGCGAUGCCUGCAUGACCGUGGUAUUGCGCUCCGUUGGGGAGCAACCCCACCGGGCAGCAAAGGCGAGGGGUAUCACACCUGUAUUCAUCGUUGAUCCGACAACGGGGCGGUGCUUGCAGUACGAGGAGACACAUCCGCUUCAGAGCGAGCACUAUCUCAACCUGGAUCCCGCCGUAUUCUCCCAUGGCCAGUUCGAGAUUCGGACCGACCUUGUCGACUGCGGUAUCGAUAUCUGCACCCCGGACGACUGGGAGCUCAACGGAAAGAUGCUCUACGCCGAAAUCCUAGAUGACGGAUAUGCAGCGCGCGCGACCAACCUUCAAAUCGACGACUUUGACGGCGCCAAGCUCGAGUUCAUGGGCCUGCGUCUUGCCAACAACGCCUCGGACGGCGCCAUGCGCCGCGCCAUCGCCGUUGCCUUCGUCCGCCGCGCCGCCGAGCUGCUCACCCCGGAGCACGGCGCCCUCGAGCCCACCAAGGCCGCCAGCGAGGCCCUCACCGCCAAGAACGGCGCCGUCAAGUUUGUCAGGGAGGUCGGCGUGGGCGGGGAGGGCGUCGCCCAGCAGGCCGAGUUCGCCCUCGCCCUGCAGAAGGCGCUCACCGCGGUCAAGGGCCUGGAGCCCGGUAGGUCCGGCGCUCUGCUGGCCGCGCUGCUGCAGCAGCUGUAUAGCCUGGACGUGCUUGAGGAGGAGGGCAUUCUGGCGUGGUGGGCGGAUAAGCGGGCCGCGGAGAAUGAGGGGCUGGAUGCCCUGAGGCAGAAGUGCCGGGUGUUGGUGGAGUGGUUGGAGAAUGCGGAUGAGGAGGAGAGUAGCGAGGAGGAGGAUGAUGAAGAUGAAAGUGACUGA